AUGGAGGACUAUGAUCUCCGUGGCAUGGGAGUACCCGUGGUGGAUGGAGUGAAACAUCUCCCAACAGGCAGAUACAUACACAGAGAUAGUAGGACUGCAGUGUCUGCCUAUCUAAUACUAUCCGAUUACGCAUCAUUCAUUCCAAUUCCACAAAGUACAUUCCUCGCUGUCAAUCAUCCAUCCCCUCUCGCCACCCUUACUCCCUCCUCCUCCGCCACGGCUACUAUCGGCCCUUCACUCUGCCAUCUCAUUGCUCGCACGGAUACAUGUUCCUCUGUCCAGAUGAUCAAGCCCAAUACCUUGGUCAAUACUCAUAAAAUAAAAUGGAAAAUAAAAAUAACAAUCAUGAUCAUAAUCAUAGGCGCUAAUCUACCGUGCUUGUACAUACAGAUGCAGGAUAAUAUAAAGUCACUGAUCAAUGUCAUCAUCAAAAAGGAUUGGGCAGUCUGGGAUGCGUAG